CCCUUCACACCACUUGUUCAUUCACACAAAGCAAAGUUGACUAAAGAAAACGGAGUUCUCAAAUGGCAACUUCGCUCGCAAUUCUUCUUCCUUUCUUUCUUAUAUUUAACCUUGCAAGUUCUGAAUCGUUUAUCGGCGUGAACUAUGGGCAAGUCGCCGACAACCUGCCGCCGCCUUCGGCGACGGCGAAGCUCCUCCAAUCGACGGCGAUAGGGAAAGUCCGGUUGUACGGAACCGACCCAGCGAUAAUAAAAGCGCUGGCGAACACGGGAAUUGGAAUCGUGAUCGGCGCGGCAAACGGCGACAUUCCGGGCCUGGCGUCGGACCCGAACUUCGCGAAAACGUGGGUGAACACCAACGUCGUGCCGUACUACCCCGCGAGCAACAUCAUCCUCGUGACCGUUGGCAACGAAGUGAUAACCUCCAACGACGCGGGCCUCGUGAACCAGAUGCUGCCGGCGAUCCAGAACGUGCAGAGCGCGCUGGACGCGGCCUCUCUCGGCGGCAAGAUCAAGGUGUCGACGGUGCACUCGAUGGCGGUUCUGAGGGACUCGGAGCCUCCCUCCGCCGGAAGGUUCCACCCUGAGUACGACACCGUUUUGCAGGGGCUGUUGUCGUUUAACAAUGCCACGGGCUCUCCCUUCGCCAUCAACCCUUAUCCCUACUUCGCCUACAGAAGCGACCCUGGCAGAGCCGACAACCUUGCUUUCUGCCUCUUUCAGCCUAACGCGGGCCGAAUUGACUCUAACACCAACAUUAAGUACAUGAACAUGUUCGAUGCUCAGGUGGAUGCGGUUCGCUCAGCGUUGGAUUCUUUGGGGUUUAAGAAUGUUGAGAUUGUGGUUGCGGAGACAGGAUGGCCCUACAAGGGAGACAGCAAUGAAGCUGGUCCAAGUCUAGAGAAUGCUAAGGCUUAUAACGGUAAUCUCAUUGCACACCUUCGAUCAAUGGUUGGGACUCCAUUGAUGCCUGGAAAAUCCGUGGACACGUACCUGUUUGCUCUGUAUGAUGAAGACUUGAAGCCCGGUGCUGCUUCUGAGAGAGCAUUUGGACUUUUCAACCCUGAUCAAACCAUGAUCUAUGAUGCUGGCCUCACCAAACAGCAACAAACCAGUAGCCCCGUGCCAGUAGUUGCUCCGACUCCGGAUGUGUCAAAAUCUCCAGUGAUACCAGCGCCAACAGACCCGGGUCAAACACAAAAAUCUCCGGUGAUUCCACCGCCCGUAGGCCCGGGUCCAACACCAAAUAAUGCAGAAUUCUUGAGUGGACAUGAAGCCACCAUUUUGCAGUCUUUAAUAAUGUUCUCAGUUCUCGUCUUAAUGUUGUUCUAGCUUGUGGUAUUUAAUAUAAUAUGUUUCUUAAUUUCA